AAACCUACAACCUUGAUGAGUAGAUUGUUUCAAUUGAUCAUUUCGGCAUUUCGUUCAAAUCAUAAUCACAACGAUUAUCGAUUGCCACCAUCAUUAUCUGAUGACGACAACGAUUUUGAUCAUUCUCUUAGUGAAUCAUCAUCUUUGUUAGAAUAUAAUAAUUCAAAUUCGUAUAUUAUCGUCGUUGAUAAUAAAGAAGAAACGAAAACGACACCAGCCAAUAUCUAUAACGAUAACAUAAUCCAAAAUUCGAUUAUCGAUUCAAAUUCCAGUCAAAUAGCUGAUUAUAAUUUCAAUGAAAAAAUGUCAUCAAUAAAUAAUCAUCAAAAUUCAGAUUCAUCCAACAGUGAAUCUCAACUGAAUCAACAACGUCCAAUAGAGCAAGAUAGUGAUAUCACAAAUAGUGUUCCUUUUGACGCCAAAAACCAGAAAAAUUAUACGAAACCAAUAUUUACAAUCGAUCAGGCACCUGACGAUAGUGAUUCGUCAUCUUCCAAUGAAGAAGAUUUCAAAAAAUCAAAUCUAAACAACAAAAAUAGCAUUUCUAAUCAUUUAAAAGCAUCUAACAUACUGCUGGAUGCCCUUAGCCCCACAGAAACCAGUGAUAAAGGACAAAAUUUUUUGUCAAUAACGAUGGAUACUAAACGUAUCAAUAGGCAAACAAGACAAUUACGACAAUCAAUGUCUGGUAUACAUCUGUCUAGCCAGGAUCGUGCCGACAAACAGGAUUUUACGAUCGCAACACCAGAAGAAUUUAUCAAACGUUUUGGUGGUACACGUGUGAUUAAUAAAGUAUUGAUUGCGAAUAAUGGUAUCGCUGCAGUUAAAUGUAUGCGUUCCAUACGUCGUUGGUCCUAUGAGAUUUUUCGGAAUGAACGAGCCAUCCGCUUUGUUGUCAUGGUAACACCUGAAGAUCUCAAGGCAAAUGCUGAAUACAUCAAAAUGGCUGAUCAAUAUGUUCCAGUUCCUGGUGGAACUAACAAUAACAAUUAUGCUAAUGUCGAAUUAAUUGUUGACAUUGCCAAACGAAUGAAUGUGCAAGGUGUUUGGGCUGGAUGGGGACAUGCAUCGGAAUAUCCACGCUUACCUGAAUUGCUUACGAAGGCUAACAUCGCAUUCAUGGGUCCACCUUGUAAUGCUAUGUGGGCACUUGGUGAUAAAAUCGCUUCAUCGAUCGUAGCUCAAACGGCCCAGGUUCCAACUUUAUCAUGGUCUGGUUCUGGAUUAACUUGUCCGGGAUGGAAAGAGGGAAAAACAUUCAAAAUACCACCAGAUCUUUAUCAAAAAGGUUGUGUAACUGAUGUGAAUGAAGGUUUGAUUGCGGCACAGAAAAUCGGAUUUCCAGUUAUGAUAAAAGCUUCUGAAGGCGGUGGCGGUAAAGGUAUACGAAAAAGUGAAUCUCCUGAUGAUUUUCCACAGAUGUUUCGUCAAGUGCAAAAUGAAGUUCCCGGCAGUCCAAUAUUUGUGAUGAAAUUGGCCACCUGUGCUCGUCAUUUAGAAGUGCAAUUAUUAGCUGAUCAUUAUGGUAAUGCCAUCUCAUUAUUUGGCCGUGAUUGCUCAAUUCAACGUCGCCAUCAGAAAAUUAUAGAGGAAGCACCGUGCAUUAUUGCCGAUGAAAGUACAUUCCAAGAGAUGGAAAAAGCUGCCGUUCGUUUGGCUAAAAUGGUUGGUUAUGUUAGCACCGGCACCGUCGAAUAUCUUUAUGAUCCACAAAACAAAAAAUUCUACUUUCUUGAAUUGAAUCCUCGGCUUCAGGUUGAACAUCCUUGUACAGAAAUGGUUGCUGAUGUUAAUUUGCCUGCCUGUCAACUGCAAAUUGCUAUGGGUCUCAAACUAAAUAGAAUUAAGGAAAUCCGUUUACUUUAUGGAGAGUCACCGUUCGGUGAUACUGAAAUCGAUUUCGACAAUCAUGUCCGAAACAGACCUUGGGGACAUGUUAUUGCAGCACGAAUUACAUCAGAAAAUCCGGAUGAAGGUUUUAAACCUUCCAGUGGUACUGUUCAAGAAUUGAAUUUCAAAAGUUCGAAAAAUGUCUGGGGUUAUUUUUCCGUCGGUGCUCUCGGUGGUUUGCAUGAAUUUGCUGAUUCACAAUUUGGUCAUUGUUUUUCAUGGGGUGAAGAUCGCGAAGAGGCACGAGAAAAUAUGGUUUUAGCAUUGAAAGAACUAUCGAUUCGUGGUGAUUUCCGUACAACAGUUGAAUAUCUGAUUACACUUUUAGAAACAGAAGAUUUUCAGCGAAAUAAUUUCAAUACCGGUUGGUUAGAUAAAUUGAUUGCUGAACGCGUUCAAUCGGGCAAGCCAAAAACUUCAUUAGCAUUAAUUUGUGGUUGCAUUCACGUUGUUGAUUCUAAAAUGGUGUCCAAUUGGCAACAUUUCCAAAAUUCAUUACAAAAAGGACAAAUUUUACCGGCUAAUACAUUGACAAAUAAUGAAGAUGUAGAAUUAAUCUAUGAAGGAAAAAAAUACGUCGUUAAAGUCACAAAAUCUGGAUCUAAUUCAUAUUUUUUAAUCAUGAAUGGCACUUACAAGGAAAUUGAAGUACAUCGUAUGUCUGAUUCGGGACUAUUAUUGUCCAUCGAUCAUUCAUCAUACACUACUUAUAUGAAAGAAGAAGUAGAUAGAUAUCGAAUUGUAAUCGGUAAUCAAACCUGUGUAUUUGAAAAAGAAAAUGAUCCUACUAUUCUUCGAUCACCAUCCACUGGUAAAUUAUUACAAUUUCUUAUCGAAGAUGGUUCGCACGUUAACGCUGGCCAAGCGUACGCUGAAAUCGAAGUGAUGAAAAUGGUGAUGACAUUAACUACACAAGAAUCUGGAGUGUUACAACAUGCCAAACGUUCAGGGGCAGUUCUCGAAGCUGGAUCUAUUUUGGCUAGAUUAGAGCUUGAUGAUCCAAGUCGUGUACAUCGUGCCGAACUUUAUACUAAAGGUUUUGAUGUUUUGGAUGAAGAAUGUGAAAAUGAUUCUGGUGUUUCCGGUGCCUCAUCGUCUUCAUCUACAAACGAUUCUCAUGGAACGCAUGUUGAGCCUAAAUUGAAUGUCACGUUUCAACAAGCUAAAACUCAUUUGGGUAAUGUUCUUUCCGGUUACGUCUUGUCAGAACCAUAUUUCAGCAAUUUCAUGACUCAUUAUGUCGAAACAUUUAUGGAUUGUUUACGUGAUCCUCGUUUACCGCUAUUAGAACUUCAAGAUAUUAUCGCUUCAACUUCUGGACGUAUUCCACCUCAAGUAGAAAAAUCAAUUCGAAAAUUGCUUAACAAUUAUUCCAGCAAUAUAACUGCUAUUUUAGCUGCAUUUCCUUCACAGCAGAUUGCUUCUGUCAUUGAUUCGUACGCAGCCACAUUACAAAAACGUUCCGAUCGUGAUGUUUUCUUCUUGAAUACUCAAGGCAUUGUGCAACUGGUACAGCGAUAUCGUAAUGGAAUUCGAGGUCGAAUGCGUUCUUGUGUGCAGGAUUUGAUUCGUAAUUAUAUUGAAGUUGAACAACAUUUCCAGCUUGGUCAUUACGAUAAAUGUGUAUCUGCGAUGCGAGAAAAAUAUAAAGAUGAAGGCAUGCAAAAAGUCGUACAAAUCAUUUUUUCACAUUUGGCUGUUGGUCGUAAGAAUCAACUUAUUAUUAAACUUAUCGACCAUCUUUGCGGAAGAGAACCUGGUAUAACUGAUGAACUAAGCUCGAUAUUAAAUGCAUUGACUUUACUAAAUAAAUCGGAAAAUUCUAAAGUUGCUCUUCGAGCAAGACAGGUAUUGAUAUCGGCACAUCAACCACCUUAUGCCUUACGUCAUAAUCAAAUGGAAUCUAUUUUUCUAUCCGCUAUCGACAUCUAUUCACAUGAAUUCGAGCCGAACGUACUGAAUAAAUUGAUCAUCAGUGAAACUUCAAUAUUUGAUGUGUUGCACCAAUUUUUCUACCAUCCAAACAGUGUUGUUCGUCGUGCUGCACAGGAAGUUUAUGUUCGUCGUGCAUAUAUUUCUUAUGAAAUGAUAUCAUUACAGCAUUCAGUCAUCGGUGUCGGUGGUUCUAAUCAAUUGCCGAUCGGAAGCACUACGCUAGGAUCGGCUGCAGAUAGCCUUUACACAUCAAAAGGAUUAUAUGGAAGUCCGAAUUCUAUGUCCAUAGGUCCAGCGUCUAUGUCUGCCGCCGGAAAUCGUGACCUAUCGAUACCUUGUGCUGUAUAUCAUUUUUUAUUGCCUCAUUCCCAUCCAUCGACUACCGCCAAUCAGCUUACAUCAUCGGCUUCUUCAUCAAAUCUCCAAUCAACCACUCCAGCAUUUACCGGUGUUGAUGAUGCUCUUUAUUUCAAUCAUAAUAAUUAUCGUGUCGGUUUGAUCGCCUCUUUUCUUAAUAUGGAACAAUUAGAUGCUAAUUUUUCCGAAUUGCUCACCAUUAUUCAUCGAGUUGAUGAUGAACUAAAUGGAUCCGAUAGUGUUUGGUCGAUUGUUAACGGUGAUAUCAAUGCAUCAUCUACCAAUUCACUAAAUGAACAAACAUUGGCUAAGCGUUCAGUAAGUUCUUCAUUGUUGGAAGAGCCUGAACCAAUCUAUAUACUGAACAUUACGAUAAAAUGUGAAGGCCAGGAUGAUGUUACGUUGACCAAACAAUUUGAAGAAUUUUGUCAACAACAUUAUUCUGAACUUGAAAAACAUUCCAUUCGUCGCGCUACUUUUGUUAUUUGUGAUAGAUAUCGCUUUCCACGUUAUUUUACAUAUCGUUACCGUGAUGGCUAUACAGAAGAUAAAAUUUACAGACAUUUAGAACCAGCAUUAGCUUUUCAACUUGAAAUUAAUCGUCUCAGAAAUUAUGAUUUGGAAGCUGUCCCUACAGCCAGUCAAAACAAAAUGCAUUUAUAUCUCGGAAAAGCAAAAGUUCGUUCUCCUGGUCAACAAGUUACGGAUUUUCGAUUUUUUGUUCGUACCAUAAUUCGCCAUUCUGAUUUGAUCACCAAGGAAGCUAGCUAUGAAUUUUUGCAAAAUGAAGGUGAGCGUCUUUUGCUUGAAGCAAUGGAUGAAUUGGAAGUUGCUUUUACUCAUCAUUUGGCACCCAAAACCGAUUGCAAUCACAUCUUUUUAAAUUUUGUACCCAAAGUAACAAUGGAUCCGGCCAAAGUACCCUACAUAGCUGAAAAUGUUCGCAACAUGGUGAUGCGAUAUGGACCACGACUAUGGAAGCUCCGUGUUUUGCAAGCCGAAAUCAGAAUGAUUAUUCGACCUUCGCCCAAUUCGAAAUGUACUCCAAUUCGUUUAUUACUGGCCAAUGAAUCUGGUUAUUAUUUAGAUAUGCAUCUUUAUAAAGAAGUUUUAGACACAUUGUCUGGAACGAUGAAAUUUGAAGCAUGGCCCGGAACUGGGAAACCUGGCCAUUUGCACGAUCUUCCUAUUUCGACACCAUAUAUGACAAAAGAUUAUCUUCAAUUGAAACGAUUUCAAGCUCAAUCAAAUGGAACUACUUAUAUUUACGAUUUUCCGGAUAUGUUUCAAGCAGCUUUGAUCAAAAUUUGGGAAGAAUAUCUUGAAAUACAUCCAGAAAUGCAAAUGCCAGCUCAAGUAAUGCAAUGUAUGGAACUAGUCAUCGAACAGGCCAAUCCAACGCGUUUAGUUGAAAUGAGACGAGUACCAGGCGAAAAUGAAUGUGGAAUGGUUGCUUGGAGAAUCACUUUAUUCACUCCCGAAUAUCCUGAAGGUCGUGAUAUUAUUGUCAUUGGUAAUGAUAUAACUCAUUUAUUGGGUGUUUUCGGGCCAAAAGAAGAUAUGCUUUUCCAGAAAGCUUCGGAAAGAGCACGAGCAUUAAAAAUCCCCCGUAUUUAUCUAUCGGCUAAUUCUGGCGCGCGAAUCGGUCUGGCUGAAGAAGUCAAAAAUGCUUUUCAUAUUGCCUGGUUUGAUGACAAAGAUCCUGACAAAGGAUUUAAAUAUAUUUAUCUGACUCCGGAACAAUAUAAAAGACUUGCUGAUUCUGUAAAGUGUGAGCUAAUUGUAGAAAAUGGUGAAACACGAUACAAAAUUACCGAUAUUAUUGGCGCACAAGAUGGUUUAAGCGUGGAAAAUCUCAAAUACGCUGGUAUGAUAGCCGGAGAAUCAUCUCAAGCCUACAAUGAAAUCGUUACCAUAACGAUGGUUACUUGUCGAGCCAUUGGUAUUGGUUCCUAUCUGGCUCGUCUUUCUCAACGAGUGAUUCAAAUCGAAAAUUCGCAUAUCAUUUUGACUGGAGCUAGUGCUCUGAACAAAUUACUUGGUCGUGAAGUAUAUACUUCGAAUAAUCAAUUAGGCGGCAUACAAAUAAUGUACGCGAACGGCGUUUCUCAUGUCACCGCUCAAGAUGACCUGGAAGGAGUGUCAACAAUUUUGCGAUGGUUGUCCUAUAUGCCGGAUCGUCGCUAUCGACCAUUGCCAAUUAUGGAAUCAAUAGAUCCGAUAGAACGGGAAGUGACUUUUUCUCCUUCACCUUCACCUUAUGAUCCGCGAUGGAUGUUGUCUGGUCGAGAAAACAAUCAAGGUUUAUGGGAAGAUGGCUUCUUCGAUCGUGGUUCUUGGCAAGAAAUUAUGUCCGGUUGGGCAUUGACCGUUGUAACGGGACGAGCUCGACUUGGUGGUAUUCCAGUUGGUGUGAUUGCUGUUGAAACUCGGGCAGUUGAAUUGAUUAUUCCUGCUGAUCCUGCUAAUCUGGAUUCAGAAACUAAAGUUGUAUCACAAGCUGGACAAGUUUGGUUUCCGGAUUCUUCCUACAAAACUGCGCAAGCCAUACAGGAUUUUAAUCGGGAAGAUUUACCUUUGAUUAUUUUUGCUAAUUGGAGAGGUUUUUCCGGUGGUAUGAAAGACAUGUAUGAUCAAGUAGUCAAAUUCGGCGCUUACAUUGUCGAUGCUUUGCAUCAAUACAAUCAACCUAUCAUUGUCUAUAUUCCACCAUAUGGCGAACUUCGUGGUGGAGCAUGGGCCGUUCUUGACGCUACGAUUAAUCCCAAACAUAUGGAAAUGUAUGCUGAUACUGAUAGCCGUGGCGGUGUACUUGAACCCGAAGGUACCGUCGAAAUUCGUUUCCGUCAAAAAGAUUUGAUCAAAACAAUGCUUCGUUGUGAUCCCGAAUGUAAACGACUAAACAAAUUGAUGAGCGAAGCUACAUCACUCGAAGAAAAAACUAGUAUUGAGAAUGAACUGAAGGAACGUGAACAAAUGUUGAUGAGCAUGUAUCAUCAAGUAGCUUUAUCCUUCGCCGAUCUUCAUGAUACUCCUGUUAGAAUGUAUGAAAAGAGUUGUAUUACUGAAGUUGUUCCAUGGCGUACAUCUCGUCAAUAUUUCUAUUGGGUAUUAAAACGGCGACUUUGUGAGAAUAGAGUAAAGAAUGAAAUCCAACGAGUCAUAUUGAAUAAAAAUGAUGCCGAAGCCCGUUCAAUGAUUCGUCGUUGGUUUGUUGAACAUACAGGGCAACAUAAUCAACAUCAAUGGGAAGACAACAGAAUCGUGGCUCAAUGGCUCGAAUCACAAUUGAAAGCUCCAUCAUCACAAGUUCUAGACAAUAUUCGUUGUAUACAACGAGAUGCUUUGACCAGACAAAUUCAGGGCCUUUACAAGGAUUUUCCUUCUGCAACGUUUGACGCUUUAGUGCAGCUGAUUCAUUCAGGCAUGACGCAACAACAACGUUCAGAUCUAUUAUCUGCACUAGUCUCAUUAGAAAGUGAAGAUGAUAAUAUUGCCAAUACAAAUGUAUCGCAACAAGCUGUUUGCGAUUCCGGAGCAACAUCAGAUUGCGGUGGUGCUGCAACCGAUAGCACUUCUGGAAGUGGAAACAAUUCGGUGAAAAGUGAAAUAUCUGUAACUCCCAGUAAUAAUAAUGAAACAUCUUCGAACAUCACCAAUACUUCAACAAGUUGAAUCGUAAUGUUAAACGAAAAUGCUGAUAAACGUUCGG